UUUUCGUAAUCUUUGAUUCAAUCUAUUGAUUGUGUGUGUGUGUAUUUUGUUAAUAUUUUUCUCUAAUUUUCCAUUUGAUUAGUUUAUUUAGAUAAUAAAAUUUGUGAUGAUUCAUUGAUAUUCUUCGAAAAUGCAAAAUAUUAACUGACAAUUUUUGAAUUUCGAAACGUAAAAAAUCAUUUGAGCAUCAUGGAUACCGUUAUAAAAUCGGCAUCAACAUCGCAACAAUCAAAAUAUGAUUGUGAUCCAUAUAUAAUAUCAACAAUAAUUUCACCAACAUCAUCAUCAUUAUCAACGGAUACAACAACAAUGAGAUCAGUAUUUACACCACCAUCGAUAUUAUAUUCACCACCAUUAAAAUCACCCACACAAUAUUAUCGUUAUCGAACAACGCCUGAAUGUUCGGAUCGUUUUAUACCAAUACGUGAACCACAUAAUUGGAAUUUACGUUAUAAUAUGAUAAAAGAAACAACAAGAACAUCAAUGAUGCGUUAUAAACAAAAAGAUUCAUCAUCACAAUCAUCAUCAUCAUCACCAACAGGCCCAGCAGCAACAACAACAACAGCAACAAUGAAUGGUCAAACAGCAACAACAACAAAUACUGUUGGACAAGGAAAUGUUGUUGGCCAUAAUGGAACGGGUAAUAAUAUCGGUACGGUUCCUGGCAGUAAUAAUAACAACAAUAGUUCAGGUCAAUCAGAUAUGUUUCGUAAUGGUCUUGCAUAUCAAUGUUUAUUGAAAAAUGAAUUAUUAGGAGCUGAAAUUGAAGAUAUUAAUGAAUAUAAACAGAUUGAAGAACGUAAAGUAUUAACACCAUUAAUGAAUCGCAAUGUUUUUCGGUUUCGUACACGUGAAAUACGUAGCGAACCAACAAGUCCAUAUUCAUUAUCACCAAUAAGUCCAAAAAGUCAAAAAAUGUUACGAUCACCAAGAAAAACAGCAAGAAAAAUAUCUAAAAUGCCAUUUAAAAUAUUGGAUGCACCUGAAUUACAAGAUGAUUUUUAUUUAAAUCUUGUUGAUUGGUCAUCAACAAAUAUAUUAAGUGUUGGUCUUGGUUUUAGUGUUUAUUUAUGGAGUGCAUGUACAAGUCAAGUAACACGUUUAUGCGAUUUUUCAUCAACCGGUAAUUCAAUCACAUCAGUCUCAUGGUCCGAAAGGGGACAUUUGGUCGCUGUCGGUACACAACGCGGGUUCGUGCAAAUUUGGGAUGUAGCUGCAUUAAAAUGUAUCAAACAAUUUGAUGGUCAUUCAUCACGUGUUGGUUGUUUAGCAUGGAAUGGUGAUUCAUUAUCAAGUGGUUCACGUGAUCGUUAUAUAAUUCAAAGAGAUAUUCGUUCAUCAUUAUUAGCUGAACGUAAAUUACUUAGCCAUCGACAAGAAGUUUGUGGUUUAAAAUGGUCACCAGAUAAUCAACUAUUAGCAUCUGGUGGUAAUGAUAAUCGAAUAUUUAUAUGGAAUCAAUCAUCAAAUCAGCCGGUUCAAACAUAUACUGAACAUUUAGCUGCUGUAAAAGCAAUUGCAUGGUCACCACAUCAUCAUGGUUUAUUAGCAAGUGGUGGUGGUACUUCAGAUCGUCAUAUUAGAUUUUGGAAUACAUUAACCGGACAGCCAAUACAAUGUGUUGAUACUGGUUCACAAGUUUGCAAUCUAGCAUGGUCAAAACAUGCAUCCGAAUUAGUUUCAACACAUGGAUAUUCACAGAAUCAAAUUCUUGUUUGGAAAUAUCCAUCAUUAGUUCAGUUGGCUAAAUUAACUGGCCAUACAUAUCGUGUUUUAUAUCUUGCAAUGUCACCGGAUGGUGAAUCGAUUGUGACCGGUGCCGGUGAUGAAACAUUACGUUUUUGGAAUGUAUUCUCAAAAGCACGAUCACAAAAAGAAACAAAAUCAGCAUUGGAUUUAUUUUCAACUAUUCGUUAAAUAAGAAGAAUAACAACAAAAGAAGAAAAAAUAAUAUAUAUUUUUUAGCAUAAAAAUCAUCGUUAUCGGUUAAAUCAAAUCAUAUAUUAUAUAAUACACAUUGUCUCUAGUUUCAAACAAAAACAAAAACAAGCACACACACAUUUGAUGA